UCGGCCCGAGCGAGCAUCACAGAACGGCGAACCGCGUUGCCGAGCACACGAGCCCAGAGCCCAGAGUCCAGAGCCCAGAGAGUGGAAGCCACAAAUUGCAGUCAAACGUUUCCCCAUUUCCGUUUAGCGAGGAGCAAGGAUAAUAGCAACAGCAGCAGCAGCAGCCACAGCAGCGUACAGCCAAUAAAAGCGCACUAAAUAAAAUAACAACAAUUUGAACAACAACCAGAAUAAUGUCGAUCUCCGAUUUCCGCAAGAAGAAGCUUCUGUUCCUGUUCAACGUGUUCUUUGAUGUGAACCAAAGCGGGGAAAUCGACGUUAAGGACUUCGAGAUGGCCAUCGAGCGCGUGUGCAAGCUGCGCGGCUGGUCUAAGGACACCCCAAAGAACAAGGAGACCUACGAUUUGAUGAUGGAAAUUUGGACUGGGCUCCGAUCCAAGGCGGACAAGGAUAACGAUGGACAGGUCAGCGUCGACGAGUGGUGCAACAUGUGGGACGCCUACGCCAAGGAUCCGAGCAGCGUGAUGGACUGGCAGAAUGCCUACAUGAACUUCAUGUUCGAUCUGGAGGAUGCCUCCCAUGAUGGGGGCAUCGAUGUCACCGAAUUCACGCUGGUCUGCUCCAGCUACGGCCUGGAGAAGAACGAGUGCGAGGAGGCCUUCAGCAAGAUGGCCCAGGGCCAGACCGACGUCACUCGCGAGCAGUUCGCCGCCUUGUGGAAGGAGUACUUUGCCGCCGAGGACGUGAAUGCGCCAGGCAACUUCAUCUUUGGCAAGACCAGCUUUUAAGCCACUUUAAGACCCAUUGACCGAGAGACCCAGCCGCACUGGUCAUGGCCAAAACUGAUGAAUGCAACAAGUGAAAUUAUAAUGAAAAAAAAAGAUAUCUAAUAUAAAUGUUAAUUGAUAAUGGAAGAGCACGAACGAGAAGGAGGACAAUUUCGAAUUCGACUUCAAUUUGGAUCUCGAUUCUCUCGAUUUGAUGCUCCGUCGUUGUUACGUAUAGUUGAGUGUUGUUUUCUCUCCAAGUAUCUCAAGUUUUGCCCAAAUAAAUGUUCUAAUUUAGUAGAGUAA